AUUUUGUAUGAAAACACUAAAUAAUUUCCUUUUCCUUUUGAAUGAGUGUUCAAUACAUUAGUUAUUGUAUUAAAUCAUUGAUUUAGACAUUGAUUUAGACAAUUAAAUCAAUCAUAGACAAUGAACUCUCACGUGCGAUCUGUUGGUGUCAAAGACGUGGAUCAGUCAGAGUUUGUCAAAUCAUUGGCGGCAUUCCUCAAGAAGUCGGGCAAACUGAAGGUUCCCGAUUGGGUUGAUUUGGUCAAAACAGGUGUGUUUAAAGAGUUGGCCCCUUUUGAUGAAGACUGGUAUUACAUCCGAUGCGCUUCAGUCGCCCGACACAUAUAUCUGAGAUCACCCGUCGGUGUGGGAUCACUGACCAAAAUAUAUGGCGGACGAUACAGAAGAGGUGUGCGACCAUCGCAUUACUGUCGCGGCAGUACUAACGUCGCCCGAAAGGCUUUGCAAUCGUUAGAAGGCGUCAAAUGGGUUGAAAAGGACGAAAAUACUGGCGGAAGAAAACUAACAAAUCAAGGAGUUCGUGAUUUGGACAGAAUCGCCGCUCAAUUAAGAAGUGCUACCAAAGCCAGACAAUUAGCCGAAGCCGUGGCCCUAACCGCAACUGUUCAACAAUAAUAACUUCUUUAAUGUUUUGAUUUAUUUGAUUAUCAUUUGAAUAAAAUAUCGAUAAAUUACUUCA